AUGAAUGAGGAAAAGGAAUACGUAAACUUAUCUGAUUUUCUUUAUAUGAAUAUAAAAGGUAUAGAUGAAGAUGAAAUUAAAAUAAAAGAUUUUUCAUAUGAAAAAUAUGUCUGUGCCCUUGAAAUAGGAGAUAGUAAAUUAGAUUUCGGAAUAAAACCACAUAAAAGGAUAUCUAUAAAGGAAUGUGAAGAAAAAAAUUAUAUAAAUAAGGAACUAGAAUACAAUGAUAUAAUUGUUAUAAUGGAUCAUUUAUUACUACAACAAGUGAAAUUGCUUAAUGGUAACCAUCCAUUUUUAACAGUAUUAAGUUGUUAUUAUCUGCACAAUUCUAGUGUUAUCAAUUGCAGUGAUAGAUAUUUUUUUGAAAGAAUAUUUUUUAGAUGGUUAACUUCUUUUUCUUGUGAUAAAAUGUAUAUUGACAUUUUUAUAAAUGAUAAUAAAGAAUUUAUAAAGUAUAUGAAAGAUAAUAAUUUAUACAAGGAUGAAAUUUUUCAAAAAGAAUCAAUGUUUUCAAAUAAAAAUGAAUAUAAUAACUCAAUGUAUGAAGAAGCUUACUUAAAAAAAAAUAUUUUUUUUUUUUUUGAACUUUUUCUAAUUUUUUAUUCAUGUAAUUUAGAGAUAAUUGAUUAUAUUAUAACAAAAAGCAGUAUGAUACAUAGAGAAGAUUACAAAUGCGGAAUACUUAAGAUAACUGAUUCAUUAAUCCAUCGAUGUAGAACGAACAGAAAAUAUAUUUUAAAAAGUUUAUUCAUUAUAAAAAGAUGUUUCGUUAAAUUUCUUGCAAAAUUCAAAGAAAAAAAAAACAGAAAUAAAUUAAUAUAUUCCAUUUUUAAUAGAAUCAAAUUUAUUAUAUAUUUUACAUAUAUUUUAAAUAAGAUAACUUUCGAAUUUUGUGAUAGUGACAUUGAUAGUAUAAAAGAAAAUUGCAUACAACUAUUAAACUGUAUUCAAGAUAUAAAUAAAGAGUUAAACUGUAAAAUUGUAAAAUACGACAAAGAAAUCAUAAAAAAAUACUUUAAUAAAUAUCUAUUGAUGCAUAAAAUUGAUCAUGUAUCCAAACAUAUUACUAAAAUGAGUAUAGAUGAAUCUUAUUGCUUUUAUAAAAAUAUUAUGCUUGAUAUCAAGUAUAUUGGAGAAUAUUUUAAAUUUAUUAAUGUGAAAUCGAGUUUUUUUGAUGUUAAAAACAUUAUUCAUUAUAUAAAAUAUUAUUCUAAUAGUAAUAAUAUUUUAACAAAAUGCAUAUCAUUAAUGUGCUUAAAACAAAUAAUUAACAAAGAAAAAAAAAUAUUUUAUGAUAUGGAGAGAGAAUUAAUGUUAAAACAAGAAAUUGAUUCCGAAUGUUUUAUUAAUAAUAUACAAAAUACACCAGAAAAUAAUAAAGUUAUUUACAAUAAAUUGGUAGAUAGAAUUUAUAAUUAUAAUAAAGAAAAUAAUGAAAAAGAUGAUAAUGAGAUAAAUGAUGUUAGUAUUAAAAAUUUUGACAAAAUUGAAAAAAACAAUCAAAGUGAUAGUUAUGCAAAAGAAGGUUAUUAUUACUACUCUCUCUUUUUAAAUAUCUAUAAAAAAAAAGGAAAAAGUUUCUCUUAUCAUAGAAUUUUAAAUAGUAAUCUAUAUAAUAAUAUAAAAGAAAAUUUAUUUGUUAAUUUUUUUUUAUUUUUAUUUUUAAAUGAAUCAUAUAUAAUAAUGGAUGAAAUAGAUAAAGAUAAAACAAAUAUCUACGUAAAAAAUAUAAUUUUUAAUGAUUUGAGUUAUUUUGGUUUUUCAACUCACUUGCUUACCUUAUUUAUGAAUUUCGUUCAUUUUCCAGAAACUUUUUUUAUUACAUUAGAAUACAUAUUUAAAAUAGAUGUAGGAUUGAUUUAUUAUAAUACACAAGAAAAAAAAUAUUUUUUUAAAAAAAAAAUAUUUUCUACUAUAGAAAUUAGUAAACUUAGACGUAAAUUACACUUAAAUUUUCCAUAUCUGAUAAGUUACAUUCGAAAAGAAUCUUCAAUUGUAGAAUUAUACAACGAACUAGAAAAGUUUAUUGAUGAAUAUAUAUUUGAUCAUGACGAUGAGAGCAUUCUUUCUAAAAGUGAAAGUAGCAAUGAGGAUAAAAAUAAGAAGGAUAAAGAUAAUAAUAACGAUAAAGACGGUUACAGCAAUAAUAGUGAUACUAAUUGUAAUAAUGAUAAUAAUAAUAAUAUUUUUAGAAACGAUAGUAAAUAUAAUAAUUUAGUUGACGUCACAAAGAAAAGAAUGAAACUCCUAAUACUAUGUAAAAUUUUUAAUUUAUUUUUUCAAUAUCUUGAAAUUGUUAUAAAAAAAAUUAUAAAUUUUUCUUUUUUAUUGCCAUCAAGGGAACAUUCAAAAAUAAAUAAAUUAUAUACAGAAAUGCGUAUAUUAUAUAUUUUAAUGAAAAUUCUAAUAUAUAAUUUAAAAUUAUAUAAUAUGAAUAAUGAAAUAGAGAGCAUAAAGAAUUAUUAUAACUGUAUUUUGCAAACAGUAAUAAUUGACUAUAAUUGUUUAAGUUUAUUUAUAAACUUACCAUCAGAUCAGGAAUACUCUUUUACCUAUUAUGUAACAUCACUAUGCUAUAAAGAGUUAUCAGCUAUAUUAUUGAAAAAUACAAAAUUAAAUUAUACAGAAGAAUUCAGCAAAUAUAUUUAUUCCCUGUUCUAUUAUAUAUUAUAUCUCUAUUCAGAAUUUCUUAUGAUAUACUUUAUUUAUGUUUCAUACACAAAUAUAAAUUCACAACAAUUAGAGAAAGAUUCUUUUGAAAUGAAAUAUAAUGUAUGGAAUUACUGUCACGAUGAUUCCUCCAAAAUUGACUUUUAUAAUUAUCAGAUGAAUAAAUCAUUACUAAUUAAUUUUCUUAUCUCGAAAACUUUGAAAAUUAAUUAUUCUCAUAAUGAAUUUAAUAUAGGUGUUAAAAAAAAAAUAAAAAAUCUAAAUGAAAUAAAAGAAAAAUAUCUUAGUACUAAAAAUCUCAUUAAUAAGUAUUCCAACCUAAUAAAAAUUAAUAAUUCUAUAAAAUAUAAAUUUCUUAUAUUUGAAAAAUCAUAUUCUGAUUUAGAUAUAAAUGCUUAUUUUAGGGAAUGUAUAAAUGAAAUUACUAAAUAUAUAAAAAAAGUUACUAACUAUAAAUAUGAUAAGUUGACUUUUAUUAAUAUAUUUUUAAAGUCUUGUGAAUAUAAUCUAAAUAAAUCAUAUAAGAAUAUUCCUCCUCUUUGUAUUGAAAAUAAUUCUGUUUUUAUAAAUCCUGAUUAUGAAGUAGUAAAAAAUCAUUCAUUUUUUUUAAGCGUUAGAAAAAAAAAAAAAAAUAAAAUAAAUAAAAUAAAAUAA